UCACGCGUUGGUAGUGCAAGAGGCUCGCACAGUUGUUCUCAACUUCAACGCCGUAACUCGGGAGAAGAAUAAACUUUGGCACGAUCUGGGGAGAUCCGCCUUUUUCUGUUUGGUUGUUGUGGCUUUAUUUUGCCUUUUUUUUUUUCCCCCGAGGCGGGGAUGAUGGGGGACUGCUUAUUCUUCUCUCCCCUCCCUGUAUCCCUUACACCCCUCAGGAGGGAGCAGGGAACCUGCCCCCAUCUUCUCUCCCGGCUACCUCGCACUCCGCGAGCUACUGCCUUGAGAUGAGAAUGAAAUGAAAAGAAAAUGAGCCACUAAACGCACAGGUACGGUUUACCCAUCUGCUCUUUUCUCUGUCGCUAGCUAGCUAGUUCCCUCCCUCUUUUCUUCUUUUCCCCGCCCAUGCAGUCGCGCGCCCUCGCUGGCUCCCGGGGGGGUGUGGGGUGAGAGCGUGGAGCUGUGCCUCUGUAGGAGUUGCUCCCCUUGUGGCCGCAGGGGGAUAAGGCAGCAGGGCUGGGGCCUUGUGGAGUUGCUUUAGGCGUCCAGACGGCUAUUGUUCGGAGCCCGUCUCUGCUGGAGAAAUCUUCCCUUCGUCCCGGCUCUGCUCCCUGCAGGCGGAGGCGCGGGGAAGGGGAAGUCGUCGCCACCUCCCCGGCGUGCGGCGGUCGGAGGGGGGGGAGGUAGGAGGGGGCGAGGCUCGACAUGAUGGCGGCUGAGGCCGGGGCUGAGGAGGACGGCUCGGUUACCUCUGCCGGGAUGGUGGGAGCCGUUGGUGGAGCUGAAUCGGAGCACUACCCCACCUUAUGCCGGGGCAAGGAGCUGGGGCCGCAGGGCCCCUUCCUAGUGGGCUCUGGCGGGGGCAGCCCGGGCGCCGGCGGUCCGGCUUUGUGCUCGGCGCUGGGGCUCCUGGCGCUAGGCUCGGGGCCUGCCCCUCUGGUGUCCGGAGGCGGUGGCGCCGUGACAGCAACUGGCCAGGGCCGGGGUCCGGAGGUGUCCGGAGGGGUGCUGCCCCCACCCGAAACUAGCACUGUCGCCUUUCCCCCGUUGCCGCCGCCACAGCCACCUUCCUUGGCGGGGGGGCUGGGGACCGUGGACGAAGGCGACUCGUUGGAUGGGCCGGAGUAUGAAGAGGAGGAGGUGGCCAUCCCGCUCAACGCUCCCCCCACGAACCAGUGGUAUCAUGGAAAACUCGACAGAGCAAUUGCAGAAGAACGUCUUUGGCAAGCUGGAAAACCUGGAAGUUACCUUAUUCGAGAGAGUGAUCGGAGACCGGGUUCAUUUGUGCUUUCAUUCCUUAGUAAAACAAAUGUCAACCAUUUUAGGAUUAUUGCCAUGUGUGGAGACUAUUACAUUGGUGGACGUCGCUUUGCUUCACUCUCAGACCUAAUUGGUUAUUACAGUCAUGUGUCUUGUUUGCUGAAGGGGGAAAAACUAUUCUUUCCAGUAGCACCUCCAGAGCCUGUGGAGGAUAGAAGGAGAGUUCGAGCAAUUCUACCUUACACCAAAGUGCCAGAAACUGAUGAAAUAAGUUUCCUUAAAGGAGAUAUGUUUAUUGUCCAUAAUGAAUUGGAAGAUGGCUGGAUGUGGGUUACAAACCUACGGACAGAUGAACAAGGUCUUAUUGUAGAAGACCUGGUAGAAGAAGUGGGAAGAGAAGAAGAUCCACAUGAAGGCAAAAUAUGGUUCCAUGGGAAGAUCUCCAAACAAGAGGCUUACAAUUUGCUGAUGACAGUUGGUCAGGUGUGCAGUUUUCUUGUGAGGCCUUCAGAUAAUACACCUGGUGAUUAUUCACUUUAUUUUCGGACCAGUGAAAAUAUUCAGCGUUUUAAAAUAUGUCCAACAUCAAGCAAUCAGUUUAUGAUGGGAGGCAGAUAUUAUAAUAGUAUUGCUGAGAUCAUUGAACAUUAUAGAAAAGAACAGAUUGUUGAAGGAUAUUACCUUAAAGAUCCUGUUCCAAUGCAGCAUCAAGAACAAGUGCUUAAUGAUACAGUGGAUGGAAAAGAAAUCUACAAUACAAUUCGUCGCAAAACAAAGGAUGCUUUUUAUAAAAAUAUUGUCAAAAAAGGAUAUCUUCUGAAAAAAAGUAAAGGAAAGAGAUGGAAAAACUUGUACUUUAUAUUGGAGGGAAAUGAUGCCCAGCUUAUUUAUUUUGAAAGUGAAAAACGAGCCACAAAACCUAAAGGAUUAAUAGACCUUAGUGUGUGUUCAGUCUAUGGAGUACAUGACAGUUUAUUUGGCAGGCCAAACUGUUUUCAGAUAGUAGUUCAGCACUUCAGUGAAGAGCAUUACAUCUUUUACUUUGCAGGAGAAACUCCAGAACAAGCACAGGACUGGUUGAAGGCUCUGCAGAUGUUUUGCAGUUUAAGAAAAAACAGUCCAGGGACAUCAAAUAAACGUCUACGUCAGGUCAGCAGUCUUAUUUUGCAUGUAGAAGAAGCUCAUACGCUCCCAGUAAAACAUUUUACUAAUCCAUAUUGUAACAUCUACCUGAACAGUGUCCAGGUAGCAAAAACACAUAUCAGAGAAGGGCAGAACCCUGUAUGGUCAGAAGAAUUUGUCUUUGAUGAUCUUUCAUCUGAUAUUAAUAGAUUUGAGAUAAGUCUUAGUAACAAAACAAAGAAAAGUAAAGAUCCAGAUAUAUUGUUUAUGCGUUGCCAAUUAAGCCGAUUACAGAAAGGACAUGCAACAGAUGAGUGGUUUCAACUCAGUUCCCAUAUACCACUGAAGGGUAUUGAGCCAGGAUCUUUGCGUGUUCGAGCAAGAUAUUCUAUGGAGAAGAUCAUGCCAGAAGAGGAGUACAGUGAGUUUAAAGAGCUCAUACUCCAGAAAGAGAUGCAUGUGGUCUAUGCCUUAUCACAUGUUUGUGGACAAGAUAGAACAUUGUUGGCUGGCAUUUUAUUGAAGAUUUUUCUUCAUGAAAAGCUUGAGUCACUAUUGUUACGAGCACUAAAUGACAGGGAAAUAAGCAUGGAAGAUGAAGCUACUACUUUGUUUCGUGCCACCACUUUAGCAAGUACGCUUAUGGAGCAAUAUAUGAAAGCCACAGCAACACGUUUUGUUCACCAUGCACUGAAAGACAGUAUAUUAAAGAUAAUGGAGAGCAAGCAGUCCUGUGAGUUAAAUCCCUCAAAAUUAGAAAAAAAUGAAGAUGUAAACAUUAAUUUGGCACAUCUACUCAGUAUACUUUCAGAAUUGGUGGAGAAAAUAUUCAUGGCUGCAGAGAUACUGCCUCCGACAUUGAGAUAUAUUUAUGGAUGCUUGCAGAAGUCUGUUCAAAACAAGUGGCCAGCUAAUACCACAAUGAGAACAAGAGUUGUUAGUGGCUUUGUUUUUCUUCGACUGAUUUGUCCUGCUAUCCUGAACCCACGGAUGUUUAAUAUCAUCUCAGAUUCUCCUUCCCCUACUGCUGCAAGAACGCUGACACUGGUCGCCAAGUCUGUGCAGAAUUUAGCAAAUCUGGUUGAAUUUGGAGCUAAGGAGCCAUAUAUGGAGGGGGUAAAUCCAUUCAUCAAGAGUAACAAACAUCGCAUGAUCAUGUUCUUAGAUGAACUUGGGAAUGUUCCUGAGCUUCCAGACACUACAGAGCACUCUAGAACUGACUUAUCUCGUUAUCUGGCAGCCUUGCAUGAGAUGUGUGUGGCACAUUCAGAUGAACUUCGGACACUCAGUAAUGAGCGAGGUGUAAUGCAGCAUGUUCUUAAGAAGCUGUUGGCUAUUACAGAACUGCUUCAACAAAAACAAAAUCAGUAUUCAGUGUCUAAUAACAUCAGGUAGCAGCCCUCUACCUAAAUUCUGCAUGGAUCCAGCAUGUCUAACAUGGCAACUUACACAAGUAUCACUUUUUUUGCUCUUGCCAAAAAUAGCACACCCUGUCACAUUCCCAGUGAUGUGUGAACUAUGCAAAAAGAAAACAAAGAUUCUGUUAGUGAAUGAUUGUACCAGCAGCUUUUUAAACUAUCUGUGCAGGAUAUUUGCACUUUUUUCCACUUGGAAUCAGUUUUUACAGCCUCUGAGCCUUGGUGUACAGUUUACCUUUUGCAAAGAAAAUGCUGUGACUGUCUUGAACUUUGAAAAUUAUUUUCAAUGCCUGCAAUUGCCAAAGUUUUUCUGUUUUGUUGGAAAAGAAUUAUCAACUGAUAAGGAAAGAAAUGCAUUGUUUUGACAGCUACAUGUAACUGGAUAAAAUUUCUUACUGUAAUUUCUGACUGGUUACACUUAUUAUGACUUUGUUUCAACCACUUGAACUUGUAUUUACAAUUUCCAGAGUUUGAUGGUUAUUGUAAGAACAAUCUUUCCUGUAUACUUUUUAUACCAUGCUGUUUCUCUUGCUGGAAUCAUGUCAAAAGAAUAUGCAGAAGGGAUCUUGUCAGCUUUAUUCUUGAAUGUGCCACUGAUUCAGUCUAAAUAAUUCUUCCAUCAAGGACUGUGUAUCCAUCCAGGUAAAUCACAAUGCUUUUGUAAAAUGUUUACAACAGUGAAUAAUUAGAAUUCAGUAAAUUUAUUAUCACUGUAUCAGACAUGCAUGCAUCCAUUAAACCAUUUUAUAAAAUAUGUAUUGGUUGGUCUUGUGUGUAAUGUAAGGCUAUCGUGAAUCUUAUUUUUAAACCUGAAAAAUAAGUUUUUAAAAUAAUCAAGCUGCCAAUAGGCUCUUUAUGGAAACUGGCUAACUUUGGGUGCAAGUAAUAGAACAUUGUAAAAAUGAAAUUUGGAUAACAGAUAUGGUUGGCUAUUUAUCUACUAUGUAUAAAAUGCAUUGACAAAAAUGACUGUAGGUAAAUCUCAAAGUUGCAUUUAGGUAUGUAUAUUAAAAAAUUGACACCACUACUUAUUUCCAAAAACAGUGUGUGAAAAUUAAUGUUGUAGUUUACCCCCUACCAGCAGCUUAAGCACCACACAGCUACUUGCUCACUCCCCCCCC